GCCGUCAGUGCCUGGCUGGCAGUCGCGCAGGCCACAUGUCGUUAGUGAGAAAGGGUGUGUGGCGAUGAGCGGGUGCGGGAGGUAGGUGUAGCGGCGAGCGGUGCAACAGAAGCAGCAGCAGCAGGAUUGUGGUGGCGGGGCCCAGUGUAGAUCGGCGGGGCAUGAGGUUGGCGGCGCCCCUGCCUCAGCCCCACUGAGUCAGGUGGUGGGCCUUACCGCACCAGCCGGGCCUUCACUUGUGCAGCAGGCGGUGGUCAAGCCUGGUGGUGCCACGGUAGCCAGUGAUGUGUCAGUGAGUGGCUUCAGGCACACACUGUUAGUAGAGCCUCCUCGCCUUAGUGUAGCUAUAGUGUUCCCUCCAUCCCGAGUCUCAGGUGAGGCUCCCAGUGUUUGUGUGUGUGUGUAGCCUGGUGGUGCCACUCCCCCAGCAGGCAGGUGGUGGCCAGUGUAGGCACACAGCCCCAGUGUAGCUCGUGUACCACACCACACGCUCAUGUGAAGCUGUGUGGUGUGUGGUAGUGGAGUGAAGUAUCGUGGUGGUGGGCGAGUCACUAGGCCCCACCACCCAGGUGUUGGUGCCACGCCCCCAGCACCAGCAGGAUGGCCACGCGUCACGACCACCCUCCUCAUCACGUCCCUGGCAAGAAGCCCUUCACCAAGCUGCCG